CGCGGUACUUGUGUGUCUGAUGGACUUGCUCACGGGCUUUACGGGAGGUUUCGUUAUCUUCUCUGUUCUCGGUCACGUGGCUUAUAGGUCGGGGCUGAAAAUAUCGGACUUCCAACAAUCAGGGUUCAGUCUAGGGUUCAUCGCCUAUCCCGAGGCUGCCAAUUAUCUGCCUCCCCCUCAACUGUGGUCCGCACUGUUCUUCUUCAUGUCUGUCUUCCUCGGAAUUGAUUCGCAGUUUCCCAACUACGAGAUUGUAGUUACAGCAUUGAAUGACGAGUUCCCAAGGCUAUUUCAGGGCAAGACCACCGUUAUGACACUUGGCGUGAUCACGUGCGCGUUCCUCCUCGCUAUCCCCAUGGUUACAGAGGGUGGAUUUUACCUACUGACACUAGUAGACUGGUACGCGGCCACUUUCUCCGUGACGAUAUUCGCUCUCAUCGAGGUGCUUGUCAUGUCGCUUAUAUACGGUGUUCGCAACAUUGAUAAAAACGUGUUUGAGAUGACCGGGCAACGCGUACCGAUUAUUUUCAAGUUCUGCUGGUACUGCCUGACACCCCUCCUUCUUCUGGUGACCCUGGGAUUUACAGUGUACACAUACACCCCUCCGGCUUACAAAGGUUAUGUCUACAAGCCCUGGGCGGUCGGAUUGGGCUGGGUUAUAGCGGCCACCUCGCUGGUUCCAAUACCAGUGUACGCAAUAUACGCGUUGUUCACGACACCCGGGACACUACUGGAGAGGCUACAAGUAAACCUACGACCAAACGAAUUGUGGGGACCACCAGCUGACGUGCGCGAGGCGGAAUCCAUGCAUACGCAGGAUCGACUUUUGGCGAAUUAAAAAUCAACAAUUACAACUCCUGCGUUCAAUACUCGUUUGUAAAUACUAUUGACCAGUAUCUAAUACCUUAUAUUAGGCUACGGUGAAAUGUUCUGGGAAGAGCCAAUCUACAUCAAGCGGUUCACACUUACAAUGUUUUAUAUUUGCUGUUGCUCAUAAAAAAUGAAUAAUUUAAUUGGAAGGUAUGUAACUUUUUUGUCACCUCUGAUAACUUCAGGACGGUCAUCUCUUGUUGAUAGAUUGUAAGCAGUCGUGAUUUUAUUUUUACAUUCCUUGCUGUAAAUCAUAUAUUCAGCGCCGGGUAUUACAGUUAUAUCUCGAUAUAUGCUAGAUAGUGCCAGUGUAGUGAUAGUAGUGUAGUCUAUGUUGACGUUAUUCUUACUAUAUUCAAGGCUUAACAGGCUCGUUGAAUUUGUGCAAGAGCAUCGCACAAUUUACGGAGUCUCAAAACAUCUCUGCGCGCCAGAGAUACGAACCUUCGUUUCUAUUUUGCAAAGUUAUAUAACAACUUGUUUACUAGUGCUUGUACACAACCGAAAAUAAAAAAAAGAUGUUGGUGAACAGUCCAUAGAUCUGUAAAGAAAUCAAACGAGAGAGUAGUAGGACAAAUGACAGUUCAAUAUCCUUAUUCAACUAAGAUAAGUCAUAAGAGCCGCGUAAAUUCGGGUCCGAUGUCCGUGCCUAACGGAACGCAUUGACAAUUGACCAAACUCUUAAUUUUUCACAUGAAAACCUUUAACGCAACAUCCUUCAACGACAUUGGUUGUAAGCAUGAUGCCCAAAUCACAGACAAGUUUUAGAAGGGAUC